AAAAAAAAAAAAAGAGGAGAAAAGAAAAGGAAAGCGCGGGUAGAAAGGAAGCCAAAUCGUUUUCUAGGGUUCGAGCUUUUCGCGCCGCCUCCCUCUUGUCCUCUGGCGCCGGAGAUCGGGAUCAGAGAGGAUGUGUGGCAUCGCUCUCGUUCUCUCGGGAGCUCGUAUUGUUGGGUUCGAUGUCUACAGAGAAUCCCGCGGAUCACCACCUCCCGAUUCCGAAACGGUGUAUCAUCCAGAUCUUUCAGUAGGUGAUCUCAAAGCUUCUCUGCAAAGACGAGGACCCGAUAACCUGAGUAUCAGAAAGGUCUUUCUUCAGUUAAGAUCAACAGAUUCUAUUGAUAAGGAUGAUGAUGAAGAGGAUCAGGAAGAAAAUUCAUGUUUGUGGUUUGAAGAAACUGUGAAGUAUUGCAUCAGUUCAACGUCAGGAGCUGUCGAUACAAAAGAUGGCAUAACAACAGAAUCUACUGCUGAACUAAAUUUCCUUGGUGCGACAUUACAACUGAGAGGAAUAAGUCCUGCUUUUCAGCCGCUGGUGGAUGUUUCUGGAAAUAUUCUUGUUUUUAAUGGUGAAAUAUUUGGGGGACUUCAUGUUGAUGUUGAUAGCAGUGAUUCUGAAACUUUUUUGCAUGCACUGGAACAUUGUUGUUCCUGUGACGGUGAACUUGGGAAAGCUUGUUCUUGCAUUCAGAAUGGAGAGAAGACUGUUCCUUACAUUCUUUCAACAAUCAGAGGGCCGUGGGCUUUGAUAUAUUGGCAGAAAAAGUCAGAAACUUUAUGGUUCGGUCGAGAUGCUUUUGGGAGGAGAAGCCUUCUUGUUCACUGGCCAACAUUUGAUGACCCACAAUUUAUUCUAUCUUCUGUAUCACCAGCUUCGCCUUUUAAAAAGGAUUCAG